CACUUCAAAGCUGCCAAAUGAUCUGCUUGAUUUGCAGCCAACUUUUCAUCCGUCUGUACAUCCUAUAUCUGCUGCUCCACAAGUAGGAAGUACCUGGGGAGAUCCUUUUUCUGCUACUGUUGAUAGUGUUGAUGAUGCCAUUCCAAACCUAAAUCCUUUCCUAACAAAAACUAAUGAUGCUGCUCAUCUGUCUGUGUCUUCUGAUGUAUCUACUUUCACCAGUAGGACACCCACACAUGAAAUGUUUGUUGGGUUCACCCCAUCUCCUGUUGCUCAACCACAGCCAUCAGCUGGCCUUAAUGUUGACUUUGAGUCUGUGUUUGGAAACAAAUCUUCUAAUGUUGUCCCAGAUUCUGGUGGCUUUGAUGAACUAGGUGGUCUCCUAAAACCAACAGUGGCCUCUCAAAAUCAGAGUCUUCCAGUUGCCAAAGUACCGCCUAAUAAAUUAGUGUCAGAUGAUCUGGAUUCAUCUUUAGCCAAUCUUGUAGGCAAUUUGGGCAUUGGAAAUGGAACUACUAAAAAUGAUGUAAACUGGACUCAGCCAGGUGAAAAGAAACUAACAGGUGGUUCCAACUGGCAACCCAAGAUUGCACCUACAACUGCAUGGAACGCUCCAACGUUGGCACCCCCUGUCAUGGCAUAUCCUGCCACAACGCCAACAGGAAUGAUGGGCUACGUGAUGCCGUCACAGAUGGGAGGCAUUCCAGUAAUGACACAGCCGACUUUAAUAUACAGUCAGCCAGUCAUGAGACCACCAAACCCUUUUGGGCCUGUACCGGGAGCACAGAUUCAGUUUAUGUAACUGUGUUAGAUGGAAGAGAAAGGAACAGUUCCAAAAAGAUGAUGUGCUCAGCAGUAAAUCCCCACUUCCAGGAAAAACUGAACUUCAGUCUCUCAACUCUCCUCUUCCAUUAAGCGAUGCAGUGAAAUGACAAAGACCAAUGAAGGAAGCCGGGACACCUCCCUAAGAAGACAUCGGGAUACAAUACAGAGCCAAGAAUUGCCAUGAAUUAAGACCAAGAUCUAUUUUUUUUCCUGAUGACUAACACAUCGAUACUUUCAGCUUCUAAUAAUAUCCAUGUUCGGUAACGUACAAAGAGAAGCCUUUGUUCUGGAAAUUGAGAUUGGUGUUUGGAAAUGCUGUCUGGAGGGGAGAUGUGUCCUUUACCGUAACUCGAAAGAAGACUCUGGGCAGGGGAGGGUCGAAUCCUAACUCAUAAUUCUGCAGUUACCUUUUCUUCAGUCCUCACAAAUGUAGGCACAGCAGUAAUGGAAAUUAACUUUUUUAAAAAAUUAUAUAUUCAGUUUGCAGUAGACAUUCCUUAUGUAUUAUUGUUUGUAUUUAUUUAUGAUUAUCAAUUUAACAUUAAUAUUGUAUCAAAAAAACCUCCUAUGAAAAUGAGUAUGGAUGUAUACAGUAUGUCUGAUUUUUAUCCACAAAGAAUGAAUCUGAUUCAGAAUGCUUUUCAGCUGACAUACAGAGCACUAAAUACUUUAAAGGUCUGAAUCUAAUGAAUUCUCAGUAUAUAUGGGAAUUAGGGAAGAGCUGUAAAAUGCAUUAAUCCUUAUAGUCAAUUCUGUGCCUAGGAUUUUGCAAGGGAACAGUUAACUGACUAGAAGAAGCACUACAUUUUUAAUUCAGCAUUAGUGCAUUGGGAAGGAACUUUAUUGCUUUGUGCUUGGCAUGUCAUUAUUUUUACAUUUGACAUUAUAAGGCCUUUCCAAAAUGAAUGUGAGGAAUUGCUUUCACUUUAAGACUUUCCUUCUCUUCUGUAAAAAUAAACAAAAGGAGGUGUGUGUUGGGUGGGGGGGAAGCCAUUUCAUUUGGCUAGUGCCAUGUCUCUGGUCAUGUACCUUUUAAAAAGUCAAAAAGGGGAAGUAGCUUCCUUACAUAUGUCUAGUGGGUAUUUAGUUCACGGAGAAUUAGUCGCACUGUUGAUCGGUGCUUUGUGUAAAUACAUCAUAACUUCUGGGUGGAGUGGGGCCUUCAGAAGGAUAGUCAGUGAUAUGAAAGCAAUUCUGUACAUGAAUUAAGCAUACUUGCUGCAUUGUCUCUGCAGAUUCUAUUUUUGUUUAAAAUAUUAAAAUGUAUGUUAGCAAAAAUGGGUGGAUUUUCAAAUAAAAUGCAGCUUCCACAGAACUUUU